AUGAUAAUUAAUUUUAUCAAUGCCAACCCUUCCUCUGAUUCCCUAUCACCUUCACCAUCCCCACAUUCUCAUCUGCCAACCCUCCCCCAUAUCAUAUCAUCUUCACCAUCCCCACAUCCCAUUCUGCCUUCCCUGCCCCCAUUCCCUAUCACCUUCACCAUCCCCACAUCCCAUUCUGCCUUCCCUGCCCCCAUUCCCUAUCACCUUCACCAUCCCCACAUCCCAUUCUGCCUUCCCUGCCCCCAUUCCCUAUCACCUUCACCAUCCCCACAUCCCAUUCUGCCUUCCCUGCCCCCAUUCCCUAUCACCUUCACCAUCCACACAUCCCAUUCUGCCUUCCCUGCCCCCAUUCCCUAUCACCUUCACCAUCCCCACAUCCCAUUCUGCCUUCCCUGCCCCCAUUCCCUAUCACCUUCACCAUCCACACAUCCCAUUCUGACUACCCUGCCCCCAUUCCCUAUCACCUUCACCAUCCCCACAUCCCAUUCUGCCUACCCUGCCCACAUUCCCUAUCACCUUCACCAUCCCCACAUCCCAUUCUGCCUUCCCUGCCCCCAUUCCCUAUCACCUUCACCAUCCCCACAUCCCAUUCUGCCUUCCCUGCCCCCAUUCCCUAUCACCUUCACCAUCCCCACUUCCCAUUCUGCUUUCCCUGCCCCCAUUCCCUAUCACCUUCACCAUCCCCACAUCCCAUUCUGCCUACCCUCCCCCCAUUCCCUAUCACCUUCACCAUCCCCACAUCCCAUUCUGCCUUCCCUGCCCCCAUUCCCUAUCACCUUCACCAUCCCCACAUCCCAUUCUGCCUUCCCUGCCCCCAUUCCCUAUCACCUUCACCAUCCCCACAUCCAAUUCUGUCUACCCUGCCCCCAUUCCCUAUCACCUUCACCAUCCCCACAUCCCAUUCUGCCUUCCCUGCCCCCAUUCCCUAUCACCUUCAUCAUCCCCACAUCCCAUUCUGCCUUCCCUGCCGCAAUUCCCUAUCACCUUCACCAUCCACACAUCCCAUUCUGCCUUCCCUCCACACAUUCCCUAUCACCUUCACCAUCCACACAUCCCAUUCUGCCUUCCCUCCCCCCAUUCCCUAUCACCUUCACCAUCCACACAUCCCAUUCUGCCUUCCCUCCCCCCAUUCCCUAUCACCUUCAUCAUCCCCACAUCCCAUUCUGCCUUCCCUGCCGCAAUUCCCUAUCACCUUCACCAUCCCCACAUCCCAUUCUGCCUUCCCUGCCCCCAUUCCCUAUCACCUUCACCAUCCCCACAUCCCAUUCUGCCUUCCCUGCCCCCAUUCCCUAUCACCUUCACCAUCCCCACAUCCCAUUCUGCCUUCCCUGCCCCCAUUCCCUAUCACUUUCACCAUACCCACAUCCCAUUCCGCCAUCCUUCCCCCAUUCCCAAUCACCUUCAGUAUAA